AUGACAGUCCCGCAAGAGCCCAUAGCCAUCAUCGGCGCGGGGUGUCGUUUCCCCGGCGCCUCCGACAGGCCGUCGCGGCUCUGGGAUCUCCUCAAAGAGCCCAGAGAGCUGGCCGUCAAGAUCCCCCACGACCGGUUCAACGUCGAGUCCUUCUACCACCCCAUCGGGGCCAGGGGAGGCAGCACCAACGUCAAGGAGGCCUACAUCAUCAACGACCGCAAUAUCCGGCACUUUGACGCCCAGUUCUUCUCGUCUCCACCGGCCGAGGCCGAUGCCAUCGACCCUCAGCACCGCCACCUGCUCGAGGUAGUUUACGAAGCCCUGGAGGAUGCUGGCCUCGGCAUGGAAGCCCUCCAGGGCUCCAACACGGCCCUUUUCGUCGGCCAGAUGUGUACCGACUACUCUGCCCUGUCGAGUCGUGACCUCGACCAUGUGCCAAAGUAUAGCGCCCCGGGCAUCGCCCCCAGCAACGCGUCCAGCCGGGUCUCGUACUUCUUCGACUGGCACGGCCCCACCAUCACCAUCGACACCGCCUGCUCCUCCAGCCUCGUCGCGCUGGCCCAGGCGGUGCAGACUUUGAGGGCCGGCACAAGCGACGUGGCCGUGGCGGCGGGCACCAACCUGAUCCUGGACCCCAUGGCCUUUGUUUCCGAAAGCAACCUCGGCAUGCUCUCGCCAACCGGCCGGUCCCGCAUGUGGGAUGCCGCCGCCGACGGGUACGCCCGCGGGGACGGUGUGGCGGCCGUCAUCCUCAAGACCCUCAGCGCGGCCGUGCGCGAUGGCGACGUCAUCGACUGCGUCGUCAGGGAGGUCGGCUGCAACCACGACGGGAGGACACAGGGCAUCACGAUGCCCAGCGGGGCCGCCCAGGCGUCCCUUAUCCGGGACACGUACGCUAGGGCGGGCCUGGACCCGACCAAGCCCGACGAGCGGUGCCAGUACUUUGAGGCCCACGGGACGGGCACCCCGGCCGGCGACCCCCAAGAGGCCUCCGCCCUGGACGAUGCCUUUUUUGGGACCGGCGGACAGCGGCUGCCGUCAGACAUCCUAUACGUCGGCUCCAUCAAGACCGUGAUUGGUCACACCGAGGGCACGGCAGGACUGGCCGGGGUCCUCAAGGCUUCCCUGGCGCUCAAGCACGGCCUAAUCCCGCCGAACCUGCUCCUCAAGGAGCUGAGUCCCGGGGUGCGGCCCUACUGCAAGCACCUGCGCAUCCCCCAGGAGCUCAUGCCGUGGCCGGACCUGCCCCCCGGGGUGCCCAGGCGUGCUUCCGUAAACAGCUUCGGCUUCGGUGGGAGCAACGCGCACGCCAUCCUUGAGGCGUACGAGCCGCCGCUGAGCGCGGCGACCUCCCCUCGGGGUGGUGAACUCCCCGUGGCUGGGCCGCGCCAGGCCCAGAGGCCGGCCACAUCGCUGGUACCCUUCGUCUGGUCGGCCAACAGCGAGGCGUCUCUCGAAGCCGCGCUGUCGUCGCACGCGCGCUACAUCCGCGACCACCCGUCGCUGGACCUGGAGGCCUUGAGGUUCACCCUGGCCACCAAAAGGUCGGCUCUGCCGCACAAGAUCGUUUUCCCGGCACUCGACGCCGGGGAGCUGCUUUCGCGGAUGGAAGACUGCCUGGAGGCGCGCCGCAGCGGCGACGCCGACGCGCCUUUGGGCAUGCGCAGCACGCCGAGAAGCCCCGGCGGCAAGGGCAAGCACUCCAUCUUGGGGGUCUUUACCGGCCAGGGCGCCCAGUGGGCCACCAUGGGGGCGCGCCUGGUCGAGUCGUCGGCCCCGGCGCGGGAGCUGAUGGGGCGGCUCGACGAGUCGCUGCAGACUCUCCCCGCGCCGUCCGACAGGCCGUCCUGGACACUGCUCGGCGAGCUGCGCAAGGACGAGGAGGGCGGGAGCCGCGUCGGCGAGGCGGCGCUGUCGCAGCCGCUGUGCACGGCCGUCCAGCUCGUGCUGGUCGACCUCCUGCGGGCCGCCGGCGUCCGGUUCGCUGCCGUGGUGGGACACUCGUCGGGCGAGAUCGCGGCCGCUUACGCCGCCGGCUUCAUCUCGGCCCGGGACGCCAUCAGGAUCGCCUAUUACCGUGGCUUCCACGCCAAGCUCGCCGCCGGCGCCGAGCGGCCGGAUGGGAGCAGGGCCAAGGGGGCGAUGAUGGCGGUGGGCACCACGCUGGAAGACGCGCGCGAGCUGUGCGAGCUGGACGACCUCGAGGGCCGCCUGAGCGUCGCCGCCUGCAACUCACCCUCGAGCGUCACCUUGUCAGGCGACCUUGACGCACUGGAGCUGGCUCGCGAGGCGCUGGAGGACGAGAAGAAGUUUACGCGCGUCCUGCGAGUCGAUACAGCAUAUCACUCGCACCAUAUGAAAGACCCGGUCGUGGCCUUCAGGAAGUCCCUCGCCAACUGUGAUAUCGAGGUUCUUCAGCCGCUUGGCGAAGAAGCCCAGCCCGCUUGGUUUUCCAGCGUGAAAGAGGGCGUCGUGAUGGAAGCCUCACCAGAUCUCAAAGCGAACUACUGGGCAGAGAACAUGGCCCAGACGGUUCUAUUUUCACAAGCCCUUCAGCAUGCGGUCCACAUCGUUACAAGCAAGACGGAGCAGUCCCCCUUCAGUUUGGCCCUCGAGGUCGGGCCGCACCCUGCAUUGAAAGGUCCUGCCAUAGAUACACUCGAGGCCGCGGGAGUCGCCAGCAUCAUGUACACCGGCACACUUGAGCGCGGCAAAGAUGAUGUCAAGGCCUUGUCGGGUUGCCUCGGGGCCGUGUGGGCUUGCCUCGGCAGCGCCGCCGUGGACUGGGCAGGCUUUAUCUGCGGCUACUGCGGCCUGGAGGACGGGCGGGCCUUGACCGCGCUCCGUGGCCUGCCUCUCUACCCGUGGGACCACCGCCGCGAAUUCUGGGCGGAGCCGCGCAUCGGCAGGCUCUUUCGCACGCAGCAGGAUCGCGUGCACGAGCUACUUGGCAAGAAACUCCCAGACGGCACGCCCGAGGACAUUCGGUGGAAGAACGUGCUCGUACCUCGGAUCUACCCGUGGCUAGCUGGGCACUCGCUCCAGGGCCAGACGGUCUACCCGGCAGCAGGAUACAUUGCGCUGGCCAUGGAGGCGGCCAUGCAGAUUGCGUCAAGCCGCCUAGUGCAGGGGCAGCAUGUGCUAUGCAUCGAGCUGGUCGACUUGAGCAUACACAGGGCCAUUGCCUUUGACGAAAAUUCCGGCACCGAACUCAUGGUGUCACUGGGAGACAUCUCGGUGGCCGGCAGCGACCAUGAUGACGCCAUGAUCAUCAGCGCCAACUUCGUGUGCCGAUCGCCGCUGGACAAGGAAUCUGGGCGCCUGGGCACCAACGCCUCGGGCGCGCUGACCAUCACGAUCGGAAACGAGGCAGACGACGACGAGGCUUCUCUGCUCACGCUGAGGGAAUGCGAGCGCUCUGCGGGCAGGCUGGCCGACGUCGACAUCGACGCGUACUAUAGCGGCCUGGCCGAGCUGGGCUAUGGAUACAGCGGACCCUUCAGGGGCCUUGCCAGCUUGCAACGACGGCUCGGUUUUGCGACGGGCACAAUCAGCCGGGAGCUCGAAAACCAGGAGGACCUCGAACACCAUCCACUGCUGUUCCACCCGGCCAUGCUGGACACGUCAAUCCAUGCGCUCUUCUCCUCGUUUGGCGUACCCGGAGACGGCACUUGGUCUCUGAUGGUGCCAUCCAAGGUGCGGCGGGUGACCUUGGUUCCGUCUCUGUGUGGUGCAGCCCUGGCAAGCACAGUCGAGUUCGACUGUUCCAUGUCGGCCAUGGACAGAAGAGGCUGCAUCGACAUUGUGGCAGCCGACGGGGUGCGCAAGGCGAUCGAGGUCGACGGGCUCGAGUUUGUGCCCUUUUCUCCCUUCACCGAAAAGGACGACCGGCUCUUCUUCAGCAACGUCACCUGGCAGCUCGCCCGCCCCGACGGCAACAAAAUCGGCACCCACAACCCAACAGAGUGGGAUCUUAAAAAAGUCGCCGACCGCGAACGCGUCGCUUUCUGGUACCUCCGCACGCUGCAGGAGCGGACAUCUGCCCUGCUACAAGCUGCUCUUCCCGAUGGCCACGCACGAUAUCAAGAGACGCCGGCCGAGGGAUGCGCACAGGACGAGACGGCCACUCCCAAAAACAAGCCCGAAGUCGCGUGGCACCACCAGGCCAUGUUUGACUUCGCGGCCAUGUGCGUCGAGCAGGUGAAGCGAGGCAGCGACCCAGUUGCGAAGCCUGAGUGGUGCUCCGACACGCACGAUCAGGUUUUGGGGUUGAUGGCGCCCUACGGCGACGAUGCAGACUUUAACAUAAUGAGGGCCGUGGGCGAGCAGAUGCCGGCCGUCGUCCGGGGUGACAAGACGAUCCUCGAGGUCAUGAUGAAGGAUGACAUGCUGCCUCGCUUUUACUCGCACGGCAUCGGCGGCGAGGCGGCGAACUCGGCGGUGGCGCUGAUGCUGCAGCAGAUCACCAACCGGUUUCCACACAUCAACAUGCUCGAGGUUGGGGCGGGCACGGGUGGCGCGACCUGGGAGGUCAUGUCGCGAGGCACUCCUUUUGCGACGUACACAUACACGGACGUGUCGGCGGGCUUUUUUGAAAAGGCGCGCGAUAAGUUCGCGGCGUACGCGGACAAGAUGAUCUUCAAGGUCUUCGAUAUGGAGCGAGAGCCGGGCCCGCAGGGAUUCAAGGAGAACUCGUACGACGUCGUGGUGGCGUCGCACUGCCUGCACGCGACAGCGUCGCUCGAGAGGACCAUGGGCAAUCUACGACGACUGCUCAAGCCGGGCGGCUUCAUCGUGGUGCUCGAGGUGGUGCAAAUCAACACGAUGCCGCUGGGCCUCAUAAUGGGCGGGCUGCCAGGCUGGUGGAUCGGUCGGGACGACGGGCGCGUCCACGGGCCCAACAUCACGCUGCCGCAGUGGAACAGGCUGCUGAGGCGGACGGGCUUCGGCGGCGUCGACACUUUUACGCCCAUGACAGCCCCGCGGCUGCACACGGCCACCAUCUUUGCGGCGCAGGCGGUGGACGAGAAAAUCAGCCUGAUGCGCCGGCCCUUCGCGGCGCGCACCGAGGAUAUCAGGUUCCCGCACCUGGUCGUGCUGGGUGGCGAGAGCAUGGCGACCGCAGCCCUAGUCGACGAGCUCGAGGAGGUGCUGCGGCCACGGUGUCAAACGCUAGUCGUGGCGUCCACGCUCGAGGAGCUCGAGGCGAUGCCGCUGCCGCCGCUGACCGCGGUGCUCAGCGUGGCGGACCUGGACUCGCCAGUGCUGGGGCACGGACUGGGCGAGGCGCGCUGGCAGGCACUCCAGCGACUGCUGGGCUCGGCGAGCGCGAUGCUGUGGGUGACGCACGGGUCGCGGUGCGAGGAACCAGACUCGGGCACCAUGCUGGGACUGCUGCAAAGCAUCUGGUACGAGCUCGAGCAUCUCCGCUCGCAGCUGCUCGAGGUCGUCGACCUCGGAGACCUGACGGCGGGCCUCCUCGCCCAGCUGAUGCUGCAGAUGCAGCUGGACCAGCAGUGGAAGGGUGGCGGCGUCGACGGGGACAGCGUGCUCGAUCCCGAAAGCACGCUGUACUCGAUUGAGCCAGAGCUGCUGCUCGACCGCGGCGGCGUCCUUAGGAUCCUGCGGCAGAAGCAGGACGACGAGGCGAAUGCGCGCUACAACUCGCAUCGCCGGCUCAUCACCAAACCCGUGCAUUUGGGCAAGGGCGCCAAGGUCGAGGCCCGGAUCGGGCAGAGCGCUGCGGUUGCUGGUGGCCUGGAGCUGGAGCUGACGGAGCUGCAAACGCCUCCUGCGCUCGGGGCAAACUUGCACGUGGCGUCCCACUGUUCUUCAGCACCCAUGGUACACGUUCACAUGUCCACGGCUUGGGCAGUCCAGUCCCCUGCAGGCCUCCACUUCGUCGCCCUGGGACGCGAGCAAAGCAGCACGGGAAACAGCCGCGCUGUCGUUGCGCUCUCGCACACAAACGCGUCGGCCAUUGCUGCUGAUCCAGACGCUUCUGUGCCCGUUGACGCGCCGGGUGCCCUCCAUCAUGCGGCCUUCCUCGCGCUUGUCACAGCGCGCGUGCUCGCCAGACACAUCCUGGCCAGCACUGCGCCGUGCGCCGUCCUGCUCGUCCACGAGCCCGGGCCUGUGCUGGCGGCAGCCCUCGAGGCCUCGUGCGAGCCGCUCGGGACCCGGCUUCUGUUCUCAUCCACAGUCGGUCGGCACGCCAAGAACAGGCAGGGAUGGAUUGCCGUGCACCCGCGCAUGCCCCACGCGGCCUUGAAACGCGCUCUCCCCGGCCGAGUUGAUAGCUUCUUGGACCUAUCCAAGUCACGCGCCGCAAAGGACGCUGGCGCCAGGCUCUCCUCGGUUCUGCCACAAGCCUGCCGCCGCCAGCAUGUCGCAGAUCUUGUCUCCCACGAGGCAACCGUGGCCCAUACUCUACAGGCUGGGAGCUCAACCCGAGUGGGUGUCCUCCAGGAUGCAGUCGAUUUCGCCCAAUCACAGAUGGCCCUGCUCCCUGAGCUUGGGGACGCAACGACGUCACUGAGGCUGUUCCGUGACGACGGCGACAGUUCCCCCACCUUGAACUUGCCUCGGCAGCUCUCAGCGGAGCCGCUCGCCCUUCUCGACUGGUCUUCCCGGCCGGGCGUCCCUGUAGCCGUCAAGACCGAACCGAUCGACGUGCGCACCGACAUAUUCCAGGACGGCAAAACAUAUUGGCUGCUGGGCCUCGCCGGCGAUCUGGGCCAGUCCCUGGUCGACUGGAUGGCCAGCCACGGCGCCAGGAACAUUGUCAUCAGUAGCCGGUCUGUCAAAUCGCAGGUGCUCCCAGGCUGGAUUGCCGCCCAUGCCGCCCGGGGCGUGACCGUCCUGCUCGUCGAGGCCGAUGUCACCAACACGUGUUCCCUGAAGUGCGCCCGCGACGUCAUCGAGGCGAGCCUGCCGCCCAUCCGAGGCGUGGCCAACGGCGCCCUGGUGCUGCGCGACCGGCUUUUUAUCAAUACUGAUUUCGACACGUUCCAGGCCGUCCUGCGCCCCAAGGCGCUCGGCACGGCCAACCUCGACGCCAUGUUCAGCGCUCCGGGCUCGCUUGACUGGUUCAUCGGCUUCUCGUCCAUUGUCGCCGUCGUCGGCAACUACGGCCAGAGCGCCUACUCGGCCGGAAACAACUUUGUCAAGGCUCUCGUCAACAAGCGUCGCCGGGUCGGCCUCCCCGGCGCAACAAUCGACAUCUCCACGGUCCGAGGCGUCGGCUAUGUCGAACGGGAGCAAAAGGCCGGAGUCAUGACCGCCAAGAUGGUUGAACGCAUCGAGAAUAGUGCCAUGCCAAUGUCGGAGCGGGACCUCCACCAGCUCUUCGCCGAGGCCGUCAAGGCCGCGCCGCCCGAUUCGGGCCGCCACGCCAACAUCACGUCUGGCAUCCAGCUCGUCCGGUCCGACCGUAUCAACAAAACCUUUUGGGCAAACAACCUCAAGUUCUCGCACUUCGUCGUUGAAAUCGGCCUUGGCAACCAGGAUGCCUUGGGCAGCGGCAGCAAGGUUCUGGUCAGAUCGCUUCUGCUGGAGGCCGGCUCUGUGGCAGAAGCCGUCAAGAUCGUCCGCGACGCCUUCACGGCCAAGCUCAACGCGACGAUUCAGAAUCCGGCCACGGAAAAGAUCCCCGACUCGCAGCCGCUGAUCGAUCUAGGCAUCGAUUCCCUUGUUGCCGUCGAGGUGCGCACUUGGUUCCGCCAGGAGCUCGGGCUCGAUAUGCCCAUGCUCAAGAUCCUCGGCGGCGCCACCAUGGCGGAACUGGUCGAGGACGCUGUCGCCAGACUUCCCCAGGAGCUGCUUCCCAGGGUGAAAAAGACUGGCACCAACGAUCCUGCGACCUUGUCGCCUCCACCAGACGAGGCGGAACAGACAACAGCUCUAGCCAAGGAGAAGGAACAUGAUGCUGAAGAUGACAAAGACAAGACUGGCUCUUCGUCGGAUGGCAAUCAAACGUCGGAGGAUACGGGCGAUACCUCGAUCACCAGCCGAUCGGGAACCCCCGUGUCGGAACCAGCAGCUCGCCCAUCGGCACCAGCCCUGAACCCUUUCCAACCCGAGAUAAUCAGGACGGAACCAAUGAACUUUGGGCAGGCCCGCUUCUGGUUUCUGCGCAAGUACCUGGACGACCCGACCACAGCCAACGUGGCUUUCUACUUCCGCAUCACAAGCAACUUCAGCCCAUCGGGGCUGUCCCAGGCUCUGUACUGGGCCUGCGAGCGGCAUGAGGCGCUGCGCACGUGCUUUUUCUCGAACCCAGUCGAUGCAACCACCUGCCAGGGCAUAAUGCGCAAAAGCGCCAUCCGCAUGGAACACCGCCUCGUCUCGAACCAUACAGAGGCGCGAUACACGUUCGAGACGGUGAAAAAGCAUGUCUACGACCUGGAAAGGGGUGAGACGCUGAGGCUUGUCCUGUGUGAGGAAUCACCGACCUCGUACUACUUUAUCCUGGGCUACCACCACAUCCUGAUGGAUGGCUUCAGCUGGGAGGUUCUGUUUUCCGAGCUGCAGAACUACUAUCGCGCCAGCACCAGGCAGGAUUAUAUCCCUCCGCCCGUGACUCGACAGUACGCCGACUGGUCCCGCAAGCAGCUUAGCGAUGUGCUCGGCGGCUUGGAACUGGCCACGGACCGCAAGUUCUGGCGCGAAACUCUUAGUCCGCUGCCCCCCGUCCUACCGCUGCUCCCACUCUCCCGGGCAGCUGGCCGGAAACCACUCGGAACUUACGAGCUGAACAGGGCCGAAACACGCAUAGAGCAAGGGCUUGCACAAUUGGUCCGCAACGUGGCAGCCGCCCACAAGGCCUCGCCCUUCCACGUGCACCUGACCGUGUUCCACGCGCUGCUGUUCCGCCUGACAGGCGAGCCGGACGUCUGCAUUGGCAUGGCGGACGCCGGGCGCACGGAAGAAGAGGACGUCGGCAUCGUCGGUCUGCUGCUGAACCUGCUGCCGCUACGAUUCGGUGUUGCAUAUGGCAUCGACGGACGUGUGGACGAAGCAAAAUCAAAAGUAGGCGAGUGCUCCUUUGCCGAUGCGCUCCGCCAGACCCGCGCCAAGGUGUAUGCGGGCAUGGCCCGCGCCCGCGUCCCCUUCAACGUCAUUCUCGACGACCUUGCCGUCCCUCGCUCGACCAGCCACCACCCCCUCAUCCAGGCCUUUAUCGAGUAUAGGCCAGCGCGCAAGAUACAGUUUGCAGGCAUCACGGGUGAAAUUCCUCCGAACAACACCUCCCACGCCCGCACGCCGUAUGAUAUCGAGCUCAACGUCAACGAAAACCACGCCGGUGAUGUUACCGUCUCGAUCGGCCUGCAGUCCAGCCUGUACUCGGCAAGCGCGGCAGAGCUUGUUCUGGGCAGCUACACGACACUCCUGGAGUGCUUCGCUCGCAGCCCCGAAUCCGCCAUCCGCGACCCCGACGUCUACCCACGGGGCGAUAUUGAGCUGGCGCUCAGGCUCGGGAGAGGCCCCUCGGCUGCAGUCCAACACAGCACCGUCUCGCAGUUCGUCGAUGCUGUUGCCUCUGAAAACCCAGACAAGACCGCUCUGAGGCAUACAGACGACUCUGGCAAGACCCGCUCGCUCUCCUACGGCGAGAUGCUCGCUCGCGUCAUGGACAUCCACUCCUCAUUGGCUGACGCUGGUGCCAAGGCCGGGUCCCGGGUCGCUGUGGCUGUCCAGCCAUCCACGGACUGGGUCUGCUGCAUGCUGGCAGUCAUGCGGGCGGGCGCUGUCUACAUUCCGCUCGACUGCAGCUUGGGCACGGCGCGCUUGACCCAGAUGGGCGCCCUCGUCAAGGCCGAUUUUGCUCUCGUCGACAGCGUCGACGUUGGUGCCCAGGUCGAGGGCUGGCUGGCAUCUGCCAAGGGGAAAGUUGCUGCUAUCCUCGAUGUCCAUGGCAUUUCAGCGGCGCCAGCUGAGACUGGCAAGGUGCAGCUCGCCAACCUUUCGGCGCCAGAUGAGGCGGCCGCCAUUCUCUUCACCAGCGGCACAACAGGCACACCUAAGGGCAUCUUGCUGCGGCAUUCCUCGCUCGCCAACGUCGUCGAGACCACGAUGGCGCCGCGGUUCUAUGGUCCCGGCGGCCUCGGCCGGCAGACGGUCCUUCAGCACAGCGCGCCCAGUUUCGACAUGUCGUUCGAGCAGGUCUUCCUCGCGCUCUGCGGCGGGGGCACGCUGAUCAUCGCGGACCGCUCCCUCCGGGGUGACUCGCGCGCGCUGACGAGGCUUAUCGCCGACGAGGGCGUCACUUUCACCAAGGCCACGCCGCCGGAAUACAGCUCCUGGUUCCGCAACGGCGAAGCGCUCGGGCCCGACACGAGCCUGAAGCACAUUUUUGCGGGUGGCGACCGCAUGACCCAGGGAAUGGUCGACGAGCUGAAGCGCCGUCUGCCUACGGCCGUCUCCAAAGGGGCCGUGAGACUCUUCAACUCGUAUGGGCCAGCUGAGGGCACUGUUAUCGUGACCAAAACUGAGAUUCCCCUUGAUAGUCUACCCGAUAUCGGGGGCCCCGAGGCUGCAAAUCAGCAGGCGAUGAUCCCAAUCGGAUUCCCGCUUCAAAACUGCGCCGUAUAUGUGGUCGACGACUCCCUGAGACUGCUGCCUCCCGGGGUCUCGGGCGAGAUCCUCAUCGGCGGCGCCGGGGUCGCGAUGGGCUAUCUCGGCAGCGACGAUACUCCUGCUGGCGGAAACGGCGGGGACAAAUUCCUCACAAACCCAUGGGCGGACGAGGACUUUGUCCAGCGUGGAUGGACGAAGCUCUAUCGCACAGGGGACAAGGGAAAGCUCACGAGGGAGGGGACGCUGCUAUUCGAGGGCCGGAUUGAGGGCGAUACCCAGAUCAAGCUCCGGGGCGUGCGAAUCGAGCUUGAAGAUAUCGAGCACAACAUCGUCCAAGCGUCCAGGGGCGCCAUCGCAGAGGCCGUGUGCUCUCUAAGAGGAAGCGCUGCUGUGCCCGAGACGCAGUUCCUGGUCGCGCAUGUCGUGCUCUCGGCCCCGGAGCCUUCUCCGCUCGAAAAGGCCGCUCGCGAACAGACGGAGGGGCAAGAAGACGAGCCGCAGCCGGCAGACCUCCUUGUCCAUGUUCUCGCGUCGUUGGAGUUUCCGAACCACAUGAAGCCUGCGCGCCUCAUUCCGCUCCCGCGCUUCCCCAGGACUCGGCAUGGAAAGCUCGAUCGCGCAGCCAUCGCCGCAUUGCCCUUGGAUUCCGCCUUGGACUCCGCCUCGGAGGCGUCGGACAACCGUGCGCUGACCGAGACCGAGGAGAAAGUGGCGUCCAUCUGGGUGCAGAUGCUGUCUCCCGAAGCAGCCCCUGCCUUGGGAAUGCGCCCCUCAACCGACUUUUUUGCCCUCGGCGGCUCCAGUCUGAUGCUGGUCGAGGUGCAGGCGCACAUUCGGGCCUCUCUCGGCGGCGUCGAUGUCUCGCUGCGCGACCUAUACCGCGCCCAUACCCUUUCGGCAUUGGCGUCGCGCAUCGACGAGCUGGCGCAUGCCUCGAGCCUCGACUGGGAAGAGGAGUGCGCGCCUCCUCGUGCCGACGAGCUUGUCCUGCUGCCGGAAUCCAGCGUCGUCCCUGGCGGUCCCAGGACAACAGUCGACAGCGGUGGUGCCGAGGUCAUACUCACCGGUGCCACAGGCCACCUGGGACCCUACCUCCUGGAGCGCCUGGUAUCGGAUCCCAAGGUCUCCAAGAUCCACGUGGUUGCCGUCCGCAGCGAAGACAGACUGCGCUCCGUCAUCUCCGCCAUGGCUCCGGCCGCGACCGCCGCUGCGGCAGACAAGGUCCUCUCGUACCCGGGAGACCUCACCGCCCCACUGUUGGGCCUCUCUACCGAGGCUGCCAGCCAGCUCGCCGGAAGGGCCACGGCCGUGCUCCACGCGGGCGCCGCGCGCCUGUCCUGGGAGACCUUCGAGACCCUCCGCGCGGUGAACACGCUCUCGACGCGGGAGCUGCUCCGCCUCGCGGCCCCGCGGCGCCUCCCUUUCCACUUCAUCUCGUCCGGCGGCGUCUUCCCGGCCGAGGAGGCGCCGGCCGAGGUGUCCUCGGCCCCAUUCGCGCCCGCCCAGCUAGGCGCGGACGGCUACGUGGCAAGCAAGUGGGCCAGCGAGCGGAUGCUCGAGCGGGCCGCGCGGGACCUCGGGGUGGACGUGCGCAUCUACCGGACCGUCCGGUGCGACGGCGCCGACGACCCGGCCUCCCCGCUGGACGAGUCGCUGCCCGAGGACAUCGCGGCCGGCAUGGCCAGGGCGACCAUCGAGAGCGGCACCAUGCUCGACCACGGCGGCUGGGCCUGGAGCGGCUGGUUCGAUCUGGUGAGCGUGCACCAGGUCGUCGAGGCAAUCGUCGGGCGCCUUCUCGGGGCCGCCGAUGCCGGGGCGAUCCAACAAGCCGAAGAUGACGGCGAGGACGGGGGCAUGGUCGAGUUCACGCACAUCAAGGGCACCUACCGGGUCUGGAAGGUCGAGCAGCUCCACCAGCUGGUCCUCCGCCCCGAGAUCCAGGCCAACAUGGGCAGGCUGAAGCUCGUACCCCCGCAGCUGUGGCUGGGGCAGCUGAAGCGGUCUGGCUUCCCGUGGAUGAUGGGCGCCAAUCAGGCGACUUACAAGGACUGGGUGAGCAACAGGCGAUGAAAGUGUGUUUGUGCUUCAGUUGGUUAUUUUGGCUUUUCUUUCUUUCUUUUUUUGCCUGUAUGUCUUCGCCCUUCUCUGUUGCACUUUUCUUAUUUCCUUUUCUCCUUCUUGGUCAGAAAAUAUUUGUCCCUUGAUGCAGUGCAAUUCUUUCAAUAUCCACUAUGUUCUACCUUCUCAGCUUUGCGUAUCCCAUCACUCGAAAAGAAAUACCGGAUGUUCUACACCUGCUCGC